UAUUAAUUUGUUUUUAAUUUAGAAAAUCAAACAAAUUUUAGAAAAAAGGUUAUACAAUAAGUCAUUUAUUUCGAGACAAAUCCUAAAAUGUCUGUCACUUAGUAUCUUUAAAAGCACCAGCAGACAUACUAUUAAAUACCUAUAUUCCAAAAGUAUCUUAAUAGAAGUGAUCUUAGCUAUUAAGAAAAGCUUGUACUAAAAGAAGGAUUAUCUAGAUAUUUUAUUUUUUCAAAGCUAAAUGAAGAUUAGCUAGUAGAAGCAGUUAAACACUCUUAGUACUUAAUAUUUUAAACAAAAGAAUAAAUCUUUAACAUAGGUGAUUACCUUGAGUAUUUUUAUGUUAUUAUUAAGGGUUCUGUCAGCUAGUACUGUACAGAGCAUUCAUAUGAAAUGGCUAAAAAUAAAUAGAAGUAAAACUCAGAUAUUGUUCUUGCUACAGCAGAUUCUACUAAGCAAAAGCUAUUCCGCAUAAAGAUACUGAACGAGGGUGACUAUCUUGCUGAAUAGGCUCUUUUGAAUACUGAACAAAAUCAUUAAUCUGCACUUCAAGCUGUAGCAGGUGCUCCAGAAGUUCAUUUACUCGCAAUAAAUAUAAACAUGUACAAAUAAUACUUGCAAACAGCUUCACGAAACAAUUUAAUAAACGAUAUUUAAACAAUGCAGUCAAACAGUAUAUUUGAUAAAUGGGAGUUUGAUAUGAUAAGGCUUCUUUAUUUUUUUAGUGUUAAAUAACAAUUUUAUAAUGGCCAAACCGUGUUUAAAGAAGAAGAGUCAGCUAAAGCAAUAUACAUUAUCCUUAAAGGUGAAUUCGGAGUUUAUAAGACUUUCUAGCAAUCUGAUGGGAAGAAAAUAAAAUAGUAAGGUAAUAAGAACCAUCUAUCAGAUGAAGAAUAGAAUGAAUCAAGCAGCGAAGAAGAUGAAGGAGAUAGUUUAUUUAAUAAUCAUGUAAAAAGGAAAUUUUAACAAGGUAUUGGUAAAGAUGGAGAUGAUGAAGAAGAAGAUAUAGAAGAAGAAGAAUAAUAGUAUUAAUUAUUCAAUAAAAUAUCUAAAGAUAAUUCAAGCAAGCCUACAUCUUAGUAGACUUAAAGAUCAAAAAAGCUAUCUAAAAAAACUGAGCUGAAUGAGUCUUUGAAUUACAUUGAAGAUAUUGAAGAUGAAGAAUUAGAUUAUUUUAGAACAUAAUCUAAAACAAUGGAUAUAAAACAGUAUAAAUCUCUUAAUUAAAUUACUAAAGAAUCAGAUGAAUAAAAUGAAGUCGCAUAAGUUCCUUUAACAAGCAAAAAGAGUAAGGCAAAAAGUAAAGUAUUUCUUUUUCCUAGUAAAGAUGAUAGCGCUACUCCUAAAAUGAUUAAUAAUCAACCAAAAAAUAAGCUCUUUUAACUUUACACCCUUGGUCAAAAUCAAAUAUUUGGUGAGGAAGAUGUGAUGAAAAAACAAAGUAGAACUUUUACUGUUAAAUGCAAUAGUUAUGGUGGAGGUAUUCUUUUAAUAAUUAGGAAGAAUAUAUUUGGCUUAAGCUUGCUGGCUAAUUCAAGUUCUGAGAUAUAUCUUAAAAAGAAUUUGCAGAUGAAAGAAGAGCGUUUUAGCUAAAGAGUCAAACUCAUCCAAGAAAAUAUUUAAAAAUAUAAAAAUUAUUUCUUUGAAAAUAAUGAAGAAAAUGCUACACCUAAAAAUCCUUUAAGAGCUAAGCGCAAGCUAGUUGAAAAAGAUUGCAUCAAUAUUGAUGAUUUUAUGAAAGCAAGCAAAAAAUAAGUAAUAUUAGAGAAAUCUGCCAAAUUAUAUGAUCUGAAUAACUUAGAUAAACAUAAAAAAGACAACGCUCCAUUAUUUACUGCAUAGAUGAUUACUGAAAAAAUCAAUACUUUUUCAAAUCCCAAUCUUAAAAAAAUUGAUCUAUUUAACUUUAAAAAUGACAUUUGCAAAGUUGAAAACCCUCCUUCAAUCCAUACAAUCUUUGAAAAUGAGCUUAAAAAAGCUUUAAAAAACCAAUAAAGUCAAACUUAAACUAAUUACCUCUAAGGAGCAUCAAGUAAUAUAGCUGCUAUAGCUUCUAACUCAUAGCCUAACACACAGAGAAGCCAAAAUAACUAAACCAUCAAACUUCAACAAGAAGCUAGAUUUAUUUCUAAACAUACUUAAAUACAUCAUAAACCAAAAUUUAGUGAAAAUAAUUUCUUAAAAGCAAGUGAUCCUAUAUUUUAGACAUCUAUUUCUUAAAAUAAUUCUGGAUUUAUGAGCACUUCUUCUCAAUUAAAAUCAUAGAAUUAAAGCCAACACUCAAGUAACUAAGAUAAUAACGUUAUCUAAAUCAGCAAUCCUCCUCUUCUUAAAAAAAAGGCCUCUAAAUCUGAUCCAAAUAUUAAGCUUCCACCAGAGCUUUUAAAUUAAAUGGGAUAAAUCAACCCUCAUAAUCAAGAACCUGAAGAAUCUCACAAUAAUAAUCCGAUACUGAUUCAAAAAGAUAAAAUUAAAAGAGAACUAAUGAUAAAGUAGCAAAUUUAAAAAAUAGAGCAGACCAACUAAAAUAAUAAAAAAUAAUUGUUAACAAACCCAUAAACAAACUAAAAUAAUGGAAAUCAACCAAUUGUUUCAAGGAAAAACAAAACACUAAUCGAAUCUAGCUCUGGUAAUUUGGUGUAUGUACCUCCUCUAAAUUAAGCUAUAAAUGUACCUAAAAUGAUCACGUCAACAAAGCCUGUUAAAAAAACUAUAUUCUUAGAAACCUUCACAAAACAAUUUUUUAAAAACAUGAAAGGAGUUUUUUAUAAAAAUUAUACAAAUCAGCAAGGAAGUUUGAAUACCUAUUCAUCAAUACAAGAAAGUUUAGCUAAACACGUACUGGAUCCAUCAAUCAAAUCGUUUUUAAUUCAAAAUCCAGGUAUUUUAGCCUCAAAAGAAAGAUAAGUGGAAUUUUUAAGGACAAAUAAUAUAUAAGAAAAACCCCAUCAAAAACUAAAUUUAAACAAAAAUUCUCUUAAAUCUGUACCUGAGUUUAAGCAACAGGACUUAAAUAGUGAUCAUUUAUAGGCUGAACACUAAUAAAUUCCAAACAAGGCUUACACUGAAAAAGCUUAAAAGAAUUCAAAAUCUGAAAUUAUUAAAGUCAACAUUUUCAGAAGCAAUUAAAAUGCAGCAUAAUCUUACAAAUUUGAUUUAAACAAAAUUAAAGAGUAAAACAACAAGCAACAACUCACCUCACCAGAAAAAAUAAGUCCGAAUAAAUAUAAAAGAACUUAAUCUGCUGUUGAAUUAGAUACUUGCUAAGAUGAAGAAGGACAGCCUGAUUAUUAAUUUAAUUUCUAAGAAGAAAAUUAAAAAUUUUCUCCAUUAAAAUUACAAAUGCAUAGUACUGCUGAGGGCUUUCACCCUUAAAAAGAUUUUUACUCUCAUCGUCACUAUUUUGAAGAAGCACAAACAUUGCCUGUUCAUUUGAAAAGUUAAAAAAUUGUAAAGCAAAACACUCUUUAACCUUAAAUCUUAGAUAAACUGCACUUUGAUUCGAAUUUAUAAACUGCUUAAUUACUAGAAAACAAAUUAAAUUUAUAAAUUUAACAAAAGCAACUAAAUAACAAUUCUACACAAUCUAUGGCAUUUUCUACACAUCAAAAUUUCUUUAGGCCCUCCCCUAUCAAAAAUUCUUCUAAUCAAAUGCUACGCUCAUAAUAGAUUUCCAAAACUUUUCAUAACUUAUCUCCUGAGAUACAAAAAAACAAAGGUCCAAUAAAUAGAAUUUUCGGAUCUUAGAGUUAAACAAAUUCAAUAGAUUUUUAGGAUAAAUUCUCUUAAAACUAACACUUCUAAAUAAAUGUAAAUUCUUGCAAUAAAGCUAAGGAAUUAGAAGACUAAAAAUAAUAAAAUUCAAGCGAGUAAUAUCAAAACCUCACAAAUGACCUAUUUAGAUAAAAAAUAGAAAAUGAUAAAAACAUGAUAAAAAUGACAAAUUUAUUUAUUUAAUAAACUCCAAAUGUCUCUAAAAAGCAUUAAAAACUGCACAAAGAUUCUAUUUGA